AUGAUACAUCAAUUUGACAGAAUGGUUAUAUCAAAUUACUGUAGUAAUUAAUAUUUAUUAUAAAUCAAGAAUGUUAACAAAGUCCCAAUAAUACAGAUUGAUCUGUUCGGACAAAGCAUUUCCCUAAAUAUGAAUGGAGAAGAUCUAUAUAAAACAGGUGGAGGAGGUUUUUUAUCUUGUAUGAUCGUGGCCAUAGUUGCUAUAUUCUUUUAAUCAAACAUAAUAGAUUUCUUAGGAAAGACUAAUAUCAGCGCAGACUCUUAAAUAGUAUUUGAGGAAAACCCUGAUAGACUUAAAUUUACAUCAGACAAUUUUAUGUUUGCUGUUGCAAUCGAAUAGAGUACAGCUUUCAAUACAAAUCCAUUUUUUAACAUUUCAAUAAAAGCAAGAACAUAUGUAAGAUUGACUAAUGGAACAACAAUUAAAUACGAAAAUCUAACUAAUCUGAUUCCAUGUACUUUAGAUAGAUUUCAAAAAAUAUUCGAUAAAUAUGAUCUUAAUUUUACAGAUCAAUACAAUCAAUUAGGAUUGUCCACAUGGCUUUGUCCAGACCUUAACUACUCUUUAACGGUAGGUGGAAGAUAUUCAAGCGAAUAUUUAGACUUUGUCAAAAUCGAAAUAACCGAUUGUAAAAAUGAUACUUCAAAAAAUGACUAUUUAACUUGGCAUCCAUCCUGUGCAUCCAAGGAUGUAAUGGAUAAAUGGUUGUCAAGCGAAGGUUCUUAUAGAAUACGAAUGUAAAUCAAAUAUUUUUCAUGUAGAUAUAUGACAAACACAGUGGUCAAUCCAUCAAAGCCAACAGAUUACAUACAGGGCUAUUUGGAUGAUGAAGUCUACUUUUAAUUUGUUCCUUUUAAGUUAUCUAGGUAAUCUGAUAUAUUUUUUAAAAAAUACCAAAUAAACACUGAUGAAAGUUUAGUUCCAGUAUUUGAUGAUGAAUAAGUUGAGAAUGUAUUUAUGAAAGAACCUGCAGAUUUUAGAGAUAUUACUACUCUAGGAUCUCCAACAGAUAAAUAAUAUAUAGCAUUGUACUUUCGAAGAAGUCCUUAUACAAAAUACAUAACAAGAUCAUUUUAAAAAGUAGAUGAUCUUAUGUCAUACUUAGGAGGGUUUGUUAAUAUAGUCGUUGUCUUUUUGGGAUUCUUUGUAGGUUUCUAUAAUAAAUAACAAUAUCUAAUAGAACUUGCUAAUAAAGUCUAUGAUUUUAAUUUUGACAACAGCAAAAAUCCCUAAAAGCUAUAAAAUGAUGAUUUGGUUAAAUAAAUCACUUAGAUUAGGAAAAAGACCUAAAAGUUUAGAGCUUUGGAAAAAGUAGAUUCAGGUUUGCAUCAUAGAAAAUCGAUAACUUAACCUUUAUAAGAUGAUGAAAUAAAGAUACAAGUUUUUAAUGAAGAAUCUCCUCAUAAUUCAAUGAACUAAAAGCAGUUGAUCAAAAAUACAUCUUCAGAAAUUAAGUCAGAAUUUCAAAAAUAACAAGAAGAAAUUAUCACUAAACUUGGUUUUAAGAGUCGGAAAGAAUACUUAACAUCUUAGAUUUCUUAGGUUCUCACUAAAUCUAGGCCUAUUUAAUUUACUUUUAAAUUCCUUUGCCAUCAAAUGACCGGGGGAAGAUGCUUUAAAGACAAUACAUCUAUACUUCUUAUGAAGGCUGUGGAUAAAAUAAAUUCUGAUAUUGAUAUCUACGUUAUUUUGGAAAAAGUCAAAGAAAUCAAUCUAUUAAAAGAAUUAAUGCUAGAUAAAAAUUAAUAAAUUCUAUUUAAUUUUGCUCCCAAAUAGGUUAUCACUCUUAAGGAGGAAAAAAAACUGCCUAGUAGAGUAGAAGUCUAUACAUAAAAAUUGACAGAAAAUUCGAAUUAAUCAAUGUCAGUUGGCAAUAUUGCAUAGUUGGCUAUGAAGAAACAUACGGAUGCUGUGAAAGCAGCUAUUCCUGUAUCUGUUAAAGCAUAUCAAAAGCUAUAUAAGGCUUACGAUAAAAUUAAUGAUCCUUAAAAGGAAUUAGGUAGAGUAAAUAAUAUACUAAUUGAAAAAUUAGGGAAAGAAAUUCGAGAUAUUUUUGAAGUCUCUUAAUUCAUAGAUUUUGAUCUUGUGGAAUAAAAAUUGAGUCAUAGAAUUAAAUAUAUACUUAGAAAGAAGGUAAAAUAAUUGAGGCAGAACAAAUCAAAAUCUAUGUUCAAAAAAGACUUUGAUGAGGAAUCCUCGGAUAAUGUAGGGCUUUUUAGUUAAGAAAGGAAUAAACCUGAAGAUAGUGAGAUAUUGCAAAGAGAAAUUUUAUUUCCUCAUCGAAAUUUAUGA